AUGUCUGGCAAGGGUGAAAAGAAAAAAGGAGUCGAAGAAAGACUGAGAGUGAAAACAGUUAGUGCUCACAUAGAAAGUGGGUGUCAAAAACGUGCAAAGAGGGAUAAACAUGAUCAGUUUGUAAAAACUCUGCCAAAACUGACUAAAUUUUACUCUCGUCCCACUUCAUCUACGCCUACACCUGAACCUAUAGCCUCCAGUUCAACGAGCAACGCCCGAGAUUCUGAGAAGUCAGCCGAUGAUAUUGAUUUAUCAAUAUCACCUAUCGUGGAUAGUGAUAAUGGAGCCGAUAGUGAUGAUUCAUCUGACGACACGAUGUCUCUUUCAAGUGUUUAUUCUAAUGCUAGUCGCCCGUGUUCCACUCUUGUCAACGUGUCCGACUCGGAAUGUGCUUUAGUGAAUUUGGAUUGUAAUCAAUCAUCUGAUCCCGGCUUGUGGCUUCUGCCCUUUUCAUCCGAACUAGUUGACUUUUGGAUUGAAAAGGGUCCGAUUGCUUGUCAAAACACUGACGGUGCUUUCUUGAAAUCAAAGCGAGUUUACAACGCCAAAGGCAAAAAGGUAAAUCGUAAACUAAAUGCCGAUUCGUUCAAAAGAAAAAUACCAAAUGGAGAAAUUGUGGCUAGAGAUUGGUUAAUCUACUCGCCAUCGCUAGGAUGUGUUUACUGUUUUGUGUGCGUUCUAUUUUCUAAAGAAGAAAACCAGUUUUGUAAAGGAUUUGCCGACUGGAAACACGCUUCGACUAUGCUUGGAUGUCACGAAAAAAGUGCUCACCACGUCAAGUGUAUCCGCACUUACAUCGAACGCAACUCACUUUCAAGAGUACGUCGUGUCGAUUGUGAAUUAGUUAAACAGUAUGAAAAAGAACGAAAUUAUUGGAUUCAAGUUCUCGAACGAAUUGUUGCAACGAUAAAAUUUUUGGCUAAUCGAGGACUCGGCUUUCGUGGUGACGAUGAAAAAAUAGGUUCCACUCGCAAUGGAAAUUACCUUGGAACUUUGGAACUUAUAGCUCAAUUUGAUCCCUUCUUAAAUGAGCAUAUCAAGAAAUAUGGAAAUGCAGGCCGUGGGAUUCCCUCUUAUUUAUCGUCGACCAUCUGUAAUGAGUUUAUUGAUGUUAUGGGACAAAAAGUGUUGAAAAUUAUCGUAGCAGAAAUUCAAGAAAGGAAGUACUUUUCAAUAAGUGUCGACUCUACCCCAGACGUAACUCACGUCGAUCAGUUAACUUUCACCUUCCGCUACGUGAAACAAGAUGGACCAGUUGAGCGAUUUGUUAAGUUUAUUCCGAUUGCUCGUCACACUGGCGAAUAUCUGGCCGAUUGUGUCUUGAAAUUUUUAGAGACCUACAAAAUUAAUGUGAUGGACUGUCGAGGACAGUCGUAUGACAAUGCAUCCAAUAUGUCGGGCCAGUACAACAGGCUGCAGGCUCGCAUCAAAGCGGUUAAUGAAAAAGCGGAAUAUGUGCCGUGUGGUGGACAUUCUCUCAAUUUGAUUGGAUUAAAAGCGGCAGAGUGUUGCUUCAUCGUCGUCGUGGCCUUCUCCGCAUUGAUGGAAUAUUUUGUGUAA